AUGAUCAAGUUGCUGAACUGGGAGCGGCUGCUAUGGGUUAGCGGGACCCCAGUGUCCAAUUCACUUCGCGACCUCGUCGCGCCACUAGAUCUCAUGUGGAUGACCAUGGAGGUGGGCUGGGUUCCAACCCCUGAUCUCAACGCCGCGCUCCUGUACGACGAGCGAUACGACCCCUACAAGCCCGUGAACAAGAUUGGAGAAGAGGAGUGCAUCGGUAUCUUCACCGAGCACUACGUGGAGCAUAACCCGCACGUCCGGGGCCUGAAGAAGGCCUACGACAAACACAAGACCCCUCCGCAGAGCAAGCACGGCAAUAUUAGAUCAAAGCAGAGAGAAGGCUAA